ACUUUGCCUGCCGUCACUCGAGUAACGCUCCUUGGAUAAAAAGAUUGACUCGUAGCCUUACGGAAGGAGAAAAUUAUGAACGAAUUAUGAAUAUCUUUUCAUCCUAUCUCAUAAUUUUCUAUAUUCUACUAUUGAAACAAUCUCCUUGCUUAUUAUUUUCCGUGAGUAACAUAGCAUCGUUUAAAGACGAGUGCCACCUAUUGGUCAUGAAUAUCCUCCUCUCACCCUUGUUUUCUCUCUCUAUCGUUUUCUCAUUCUCCUUCGAUCCUGCUUUUGUAUGGAGAAAUGUCGGUUGUCUUGUUUAUUCUUGUUUGUAAAGCGAAUGUUUUCGUUUGCUCUUUCGACCCCUUAAUCAAUUAAAAGCCAGUUCGGGCUUAUAUUCUUAAUUUAAUUGAUGAAUUGAACAGAGAAUAUGUUAGUUUAUUUGCGCGCCACCUAUUUUAGCUUAGCCGAUAUAGAUGCUUAUAUGUAGAAUUAUAUACUAAUAUGUAUAUGUGCUAUCAGUUUACAGUUUUGUAAUCGAUAUAGGUAUAGGUUCUCGUGUGGUAACUCAUCUGUCAUUCUUUAAUACGUCUUAGAAAGAGAGGAGAAAGGGGGUGGAAUUAAGUAUAAUAACUGUGCGCCCUCUGUAGUUCUGUUGCGAGAGUUAUGGCCCAAUAAGCUUAAGGUUGGGUAUAUAAUUUUGCAGUUGCAUAAUGAAAGAACUACCGCAUAAAUCCAAUACGGUUGACAGAAAUAUAGGAUGUUAAAUCUUUAAUCGCUUACUAUCAAUUAGAAAAUCGUCUCUAUCUUCUCAUCUCCAUGUUAAUCAGUAAUUGCAUGCCGUUGCUUUUUGGUGCCCUCUAGCGUUUCCUUUAAUGGAACCUAUCCUGAUUUAUCAGUCCGGCUCUAGUCCCUCCGAAGAACUAAUUACAUCCGGGGCUGGCGCUGGUUCUGGCUGUCAAAGCGAUGAUGAGGACGACUGUUCGAAUGUUACGCCCACUCCCAGAGACGCCCUUAUAACGCCCGUCUUCCGCCCUAAACCGAUUACCAAGGUCGUCAUUCCUAGCAGCAGACCAGUUUCGACGCCAAAAACGCUUACAGAAACAAUUGAAACGGAUGAUGAGGAUUACGAGGGCAGCGCCUCUAUAAAGUCGACUAACCGACCAAAAUACACAACGACAGCAACCGUUAGUUCAACCUCAAUGCCGGUAUCUAAAAGAACAACAAUAGGAAAAGUAUACUCUACAGUGCCGACGACAAAGAGAACAAGAACAACCUCAAAGACUGUAUCACCGGUCAGGAAGAGUACAACAACUAAGGAAGGCAUUGACUUGGCAACAAAUUCACGCACUUCAGACGAACCAUCUAUAUUAUCAGUUGAACCGACAGAUGAUGAACCUUUUAAUCGCAAAACUACAGUUUCUGUUAACCCAGCAUCCGAACCUCCGCCUAAUGAGAUAUCAACGGGGAAGUUUUCUUUAAAUCUCGGACUAAUUAUAGGAGUAGCAUGCGGUGUCUUGGUUCUUUUGCUCAUCGUUACUUAUGUACUUUACAAGUACCGAGCGAGAGACGACGGUUCAUAUAAAGUCGAUGAAAGUAAAAAUUAUAUAGCCUACCAACAAGCGGCCACAAAACCUCCGCCGACAGAGACAGCAGUUCUAAGCACUGCUCCAAAUGCUCAAGUUGUAGUCGCACCAACAGCCACAAAAAGUAAGAAAGAUGUUAAAGAAUGGUUCGUCUAA